AUGCUUACAUUCUUCGUGAUAUUUCAAAAAACAACCGGUAGACCCUCGCCAAUGCCUAGUGCAGAUGCUCCCAAAGAUAUCAUAAACAAAUUGAAGAGUAUAUUCAAUGUGGGUGAAGGAAUCAUGGUAUAUAACACAGGAGUAGCAAGCGAAGAACUUGAAGAUGAUGAAAUCGUUUGCGCCGAACGUAGAGCUGGAAAGUCAUACUGCAAAGAAGUGGAAAACUAUAUUGAAGCUACACGUCUGGAUAAAAUCGACCCAGAACAAUUUGCUAAAUUCCAAGAAUAUUUCAAAAAUGAUUUGGAACAAACACAGAUGGUGGCAACUCGUAUGGAUGUUGGUGAUAGUAAGACCAAAGUAAUAUAUCCAGAGGGUGCUGAGUCAGAGGAUUCCAAAUGGUUAUUGGUGGUACAACAUGAACAACUCAAACAAGGUGUUCUAGUAGAGGAAUGCGAAAAUGUGGACAGCGCUUCCGAAGAGAACAGUACUUUGCCCCUGGAGGAUAUAUCGAAAUGUAAACAGAAUUUCACCUAUCGCAAGUUGGUUGUGUUGGUGAAUGGUGAGAUGAAGGAAGAAAUGGUCAAAUUACCAAGCAAUUGUGAAUGCAGCUCCUCUUAA